GGGCUCGGCACUCGAGGGGAAGCAACUCAAGUAUUGCAGAAACAUCCACCGAUCGAGGACGAGGACAUAGACGAAGACGAAGACUGGACUGUGGAAGUUGAGGGGCUGCAUUGGGCUUCGAUCGUGGGAGUGGCAAGCAUGGGAUCCAGGAAGGUGCACUUCCUGGCCUUGUGCCUGACGGCGAUGGCACUCGUCAGCGUCGUGUCUGGGUACGCUUAUCAACAGCCCAAGAAACCUGUGUACCGGGCCAAGAAAUGCCAGCCAGCAGCUCACUUCGGCGCAGCGUGUGGCCUAUUCGUGAAGAAGACUUACUACUACGGCAGCUGGGCACCGUACCCGAAGUACCACUCGCUCUGCUGCGCACUCAUGCGCAAGGAAUCCACCACCUGCCUGUGCAACGCUGCCAAAUCGAAGUUCAAGUUCUCCGUCGAUCUGAAAAAGGUGCAGCAAGUCGCCAGAAAGUGUGGCAAGAAGCAGGCGGUCAAGUGCCAAGCUCGUAAACCGUAUUACUACAAAUCUCCGCCUCCUCCCAAGUACUACUACAAGUCGCCUCCUCCUCCCAAGUACAUGUACAAGUCCCCACCACCACCUGCAUACUACUACAAGUCCCCACCCCCACCAGCGUACAAGUAUAAGUCUCCUCCCCCACCAGCGUAUAAGUACAAGUCUCCCCCAUCUCCAGCGUACAAGUACAGUUCUCCUCCACCACCAGCAUACAAGUACAAGUCUCCACCACCACCAGCAUACAAAUACAGUUCUCCCCCACCACCGGCGUACAAGUACAGUUCUCCACCACCACCGGCGUACAAGUACAGUUCUCCCCCACCACCGGCGUACAAGUACAGUUCUCCCCCACCACCGGCGUACAAGUAUAGUUCUCCACCACCACCGGCGUACAAAUACAGUUCUCCCCCACCACCGGCUUACAAGUACAGCUCCCCUCCUCCACCCCCAUACGUAUACAACUCACCUCCACCUCCAGCAUACGUAUACAACUCACCUCCACCUCCAGCAUACGUAUACAGCUCCCCGCCACCGCCUGCAUACGUAUACAGUUCUCCUCCACCGCCCGCGUUCGAGAAUACCUCUCCUCCAUCGGAAGGGUACUAGGAGGAGUUCGGGUUUCAGAAACCGGCUGCGCUUUGAAAUAGUCGGAAAGGAGCUCUAAUCCCCGGAUGAUGAUCGGGACUAUUGUAUGAAUCUUCAGUCCGUAGAGAUGUCUUUUCGGAUUAGUUACGUCGCAUUUAUUCAUUAUUAUAACGAUGGCUUACAAAUGUAUGCCAUAUUAGAUUCACCGAUUUUUUUGUGUAAGACUUCAAUCUUAGAUGGAGGUUCAACAGAUCGUUGCCUCCGGUAUUCCUCGUGCGAGAGUGAUCAAAUGUCAUUCCGUAUCGCGGACUGUCAAACUCAAUAAAGGUUCGAUUUCAUUAGCGGAGACACGAAUUUGUUUACUGCUCUCUGGAGUGUAGAGGAAUGUGCGUCAGUAGUGAAGGUCGCAGGUUUGCGGUGUUUGUCAGUUCAGGUCUUAGCUAGCUGGAACGUAUCACGUCCCUUUCUCCGAAUAAGUUGAACUGUCUUUCGGAAAUUUGUAUCAUUCCCUACUGUUGAUCAAUGACUGCAACUGCAAUACGCAGCACGAGGCAAUUUCA